AUGCCAGGCCAGGGGCCGUCAGGGGCCCGUCGGGCACUGGUGGCACUGGUGGCCAUGCUGGGCUGGCUGCUGGCCCUGCAGCUACUGCUCGACUUGAGGGCUCUGGGGCUGCUCUGUGGGGCCCUGGCAGUGCUGGGCGGCUGGCUGGGCCCCCGGGCCCUCAGCCCUCCUGGCCGGAGGCUCCGGCUGGAGCAUUUUAUCAGCUCCCUGCAGCCCCCGCCUCACUGUCCAGCAGCUGAGGGGCAGCUGGAGAGGGAGAUCGCCGGUACUGUCCACAAAGUGGUGCGGGAUUUUGUCGCCUCCUGGUAUUGCACAGUCAGCAGUGAGGCGGCCUUUGAGGCUGAGGUGGAGAAGGCCAUGAUGGGCCUGGCUGCUGAGCUGAGGCGGCGGAUGGGGCGAGUGGACCGCCAAGCCCUGGCCCACCGCCUCCUCCUUCUCUGCGGCCAUCACUUGCAGAGCUACCUGCAGGCCCGUGAGGCCCUGAGGGGCGAUCCAGAGGGCGGCCGGACCCUGUGGCAGGAGUACAGCCGGCUGGUAGGGCCACACCCUGCCCUCUGCAGCCCAGCAGCUGAGGUGGGCUACGCCCGGGCUGCUGUGGAGACACUGCUGCAGGCGCUCGUGCCCUGGCCCCACCUGGAGACACGGACGGGACGCUUCGUGGUGGUGGAGCUGGUUGCCUGCAACGUCCUGCUGCCAGCCAUCAGGAAGAUGGGUGAUCCUGACUGGAUCAACUUGCUGCUCAUUGGGGCUUUCUCUAAGAAGCCCCGGGGUGAGGAGCCACCCCCUGCACCCCCAGUGCCUGAUUUCUUGCCCUUCACAGUGCAGACAGACGCCGCCCCUGCUGGGCUGCCCACCUCCCCGAGGGCCACGGAGGUGCCUGGGCGAGAAGCAGGGGCUGCUGGUGAGGAGGGAGAGGACGCAGUGAGCAGGCUGUGCCACACAGAGGAGCCCUUCCUCUGCCCGCAAGCCCUGGGUUCCCUCUUCCCCUGCGAGGGGUUGGAGCUGGAGUCCCCCGCACCUGAUGCAGGCCAGGAUAUGGACUUGCUGGCACCAUCGCCUGCGGCUGAGUUCCUCAGUGAACCCCUCCAGGAGACCUCCACUGUGCUGGAGGGACCAGCGACCUCGGAGGAUGGUGUGGGGGACCUGGAGGAGGGCAUUGCCACCAGCUUGGAUGGUGGCCUGCUUCCCACCUCUACUUUUGCCCUGAGCUCCUGCCCUGACAUCCAUAUUGACCUGGCAGUUGAGAAGGAAGAGGAAAGUCUGGCUGUUCUCAAAAAGGCCUCUUCGCAGAGGCCCUCCAGCUUGGGGAAAGAUCUGGGGGCAGCAGAGGGCCCACAACAAAUCUCCCCAGAUGUGGGGCAGCCUCUGCCCGUGCUCUCAUCUUCCCCAACGGCUUCCAUCAGCACCUUCAGCUUUGAGCCCCUCAGCAGCCCCGAUGGGCCAGUUGUCAUCCAGAACCUGCGGAUAACCGGGACCAUCACUGCCCGAGAGCACAGUGGGACUGGUUUCCACCCCUACACCCUGUACACCGUCAAGUAUGAGACAGCCCUGGAGGGUGAGAGCGCAGGCAGCCUUCAGCAAAUGGCUUACCACACCGUGAACCGCCGUUACCGGGAGUUCCUCAACCUCCAGACCAGACUGGAGGAGAAACCCGAGCUCCGCAAGUUCCUGAAAAAUAUCAAAGGCCCAAAGAAACUGUUCCCUGAUCUCCCAUUUGGAAACAUGGACAGUGAUAAAGUGGAAGCCAGAAAAAGUCUGCUAGAAUCUUUCUUGAAGCAAUUGUGUGCGGUCCCUGAGAUUGCAAACAGCGAGGAGGUGCAGGAGUUCCUUGCCCUGAACACUGAUGCCAGAAUUGCGUUCGUCAAGAAGCCUUUUGUUGUCUCCAGGAUAGACAAGAUCGUUGUCAAUGCCAUUGUGGACACUUUGAAGACGGCAUUCCCCAGAUCAGAGCCCCAGAGCCCCACGGAGGAUCUUAGCGAGUCUGAAGUGGAUGGGAAAUCUCAGACGGACGGGAAGAAGGCUAACAAGUCUAGGCUGAGGUUCUCAUCCAGUAAAAUUGCUCCAGUGCUGAGUGUGAGUGAAGCGCAUGACAGGAUUGUGUACUCUAUCAGGGAGGGCAGUUCAGUCUCUGGCACCCUGUCACUGGCUGCUAUGGAGUCCUUCAUCCAGAAGCAGGAGAAGCUGCUGGAGGCAGUCCCCAGCAAAGCUCCCGAAGGCGAGGGAGGCAGAGAAAGCUCCAUGCAGGAGGAUAUGGAUGGGCUGAGCACAUUGGAGCAGGGGACACAUCUGGACACAGAGUCUGAUUCUGAGACAGCUUUGGCUGACCUGGCCCUGGACGUGCUUCGUCUGCUGCUGAUGGAUCACUGGAGCUGGCUGUGCACGGAGAACAUCCAGAAGGUCUUCCACCUGCUCUUCGGGACCCUCAUUCAAAGGUGGCUGGAAGUCCAGGUGGUUAACCUGACCUGCACCCAGCGUUGGGUCCAGUACCUCCAGUUGCUGCAGGAAUCCAUCUGGCCUGGAGGAGUUUUACCAGCAGUGCCUAAACCAGCCAGGACAGAGGAACAGAAGAAAGCAGCAGCAGAGCAGGCCCUGCAGAGCCUGAUGGGGAUCUUGCCUAAUGUGAUCCAAGAAAUCCUUGGAACCAGUAAAUGUCGGAUGAGCUGGAACCUGGUACUGGAGUCCCUGAGCCAGCCUGUGAUAAACAGGCACCUGGUUUUCUGCCUCUUGGACAUUCUGCUGGAGUUCUUGGUUCUGAAGGGCUCCAGUGAUGAGCUUGAAACCACAGCUGUCGCGCCGUCUGCCUCUAGUGGCCUGGACAAAGCAGGCAUUUCAGCACAUUAACCAGGGCUGGUGUAGCCAGCAGUGGAGGAGAGAAGCAGCCGCAGGCAUGGGAUGAUUUGAUUUUUCAGUGUUUACUGAACAUGUCUGGGAGCUUCUUGUAAAGAAUUUUUCCAGCCAGUGCUAAAUGAGGCUGCUUCCAGGCUUCUCUGUUUUGGCUGGG